AUGCUUGCAGCCCUGUUCGAAUGGAUGCUCUGGCUUAGCGCCUUCAUCUACUGCCUGAUCAAAGUUUGGAUGAAAGCCGACCAUUGGAGUAUAAGAGUCCUCGCCGUGGUGAUGAUCUUCUUGUUCACGGUGAUACGACUAGCAUUCCUUCCAGUCAUGCUCGUAACCCUGCCAUUGCCUCCACAGGUCACGGUUGACUUACCCCACGAGAUGGUACAUGGGUUUCAAGUGUUCGCAUUUUGGUCGUUUUCUAUUCUUCUAAUCGGACCAUGGCUAUUCUGUGUUUACGGGCUCGCUACGAAUUCACUGGGGAGAAAAAAGAGGAUCAAACGAGUGCUUGAUGAUCGAACAGCCCCGAAGACUGUGGUUGUGAUGCCAGUGUACAAGGAGGACCCAAGUGUCCUGAUUAAAGCCAUCAAUUCCGUGGUUGACUGCGACUAUCCUGCAAAUUGCAUCCAUGUUUUUCUUUCAUACGAUGGUGGCAAGGUGGACGAGCCAUACCUCCGUGUCCUCAACCAUCUCGGUAUUCCGACCACACUGGAGAGCUAUCCUCCGAGCAUUGACUGUAUUUACAAGGGUGCACGGAUUACGGUAUCUCGGUUCAAACAUGGCGGUAAAAGGCACUGCCAAAAGCAUACUUUUAGGCUGAUCGACAAGGUCUAUGCUGAGUACCUGAAGAGACAUGAUAAUUUGUUCGUUCUUUUCAUCGAUUCCGACUGCAUUCUUGAUCGAGUUUGCUUGCAGAACUUCAUGUACGACAUGGAACUUAAGCCGGGCAGCAAUCACAAUAUGCUUGCAAUGACAGGUAUCAUUACGUCGACAACGGAGAAAAACAGCUUGUUGACUAUCCUUCAAGACAUGGAAUACGUUCAUGGUCAGCUUUUUGAACGAUCCGUUGAGUCUGGCUGUGGUGCGGUGACUUGUCUCCCUGGGGCUUUGACUAUUUUACGCUUCUCGGCCUUCCGCAAGAUGGCCAAGUAUUACUUUUCGGACAAGGCUGAACAAUGCGAAGAUCUCUUUGACUACGGAAAAUGUCACCUUGGGGAAGACCGAUGGCUCACUCACCUGUUCAUGAUUGGCGCCACGGAGCGGUAUCAAAUCCAGCUGUGUAUGAGCGCCUUCUGCAAGACAGAAGCCGUCCAGACCUUUAGUACUCUCUUGAAGCAACGUCGACGAUGGUUUUUAGGUUUCAUCACCAACGAGGUUUGCAUGAUCACUGAUGUCCGGCUCUGGGUGCGCUACCCCCUUCUGUGUCUGGUUAGAUUCAUGCAAAAUACGAUCCGAACGACCGCACUGCUCUUUUUCAUCAUGAUCAUUGCCCUGAUUACAACCUCAAAGAAGGUGAACGAUCUUCCUGUGGGAUUCAUGGGGGUCUCCUUGGGGUUGAAUUAUUUACUCAUGCUAUACUUUGGCCUGCGUCUCGGACGCUAUAAAGCCUGGCUUUAUCCGAUCAUGUUCAUUGUGAACCCGUUCUUCAACUGGAUUUACAUGGUCUAUGGUAUUUUCACAGCCGGUCAGCGAACUUGGGGUGGACCACGAGCCGAUGCUGCCACUGCUGAUGACCAUACUACGCCAGGAGAAGCAGUUGAACGGGCAAAGGAGCAAGGCGAUGAGCUCAAUGUGAACCUCGAUACGUUCCGCGACAGCCUUAUGCGCCGAAGAUCCGUCCCCGUCCGCCCGUCGGAUAAUGUGGAAGGUCGAUUUGCACCUGCCAAGCAGCUGCUUGAUGGGUUUUAUGUCAACACAGCCGGCCCAGGGCCCGCACUUGCGCGGAUGGUCAACGCGAUGGAAAACCCCCGAAAUCCCCAAUACCAGUCACCUCCUCUCUUUCAGCAUUCGAAUGACUCUGUUUUCAGUGCAUCAUCGGAUUGCGGCUCUAGCUCGGUCGCUAUGCCACAGAACGUGGAAACCCUCCUGAUGAGUGAAGAAGACCAAAAGAAGCUCUAUUAUGCACGGCAAGGCCGGGCAUCAGCAGGCUCGGUGAGCCUUGGUGGUCACAAUUCGGAGAACCGCUUUGAUGAUGGAGUCACUCUUCAGCCUAUAGUUUCAGCAUCCGAGCGCGAUCCCCUGGGACUCAACCACCCACCAGGAGCAUACCACACUGCGCGCUCUUGA